AAUUGCACUCUAAGCAAAGCAGAAACUAACUAUGCCCAAAUCGAACGUGAGGCAUCGGGAAUCAUUUUCGGAAUUCAGAAGUUUCAUCAGUACCUGAAGGCAAUGGGAUACACCGCAUCACUUCAGCACCUUAUCGUCCAUCCACCAAUGGAUUAGCUGAAAGAUUUGUGCAGACAAUGAAACAAGCUUUGAAAUCACCAAGGGGACAAUUAUCCAUUCAAAAGCAUCUGGACACCUUCUUAUUAUCCUACAGAAACACACCUCAUGCUACGACCAAGGCAUCCCCGGCCUUUCUAAUGAUGGGACGACAGCUGCACACUUGCUUUGAUCUGCUGAAACCUUCUGAACCCCGAGAAAUUGUGCAACGUCAGCAGCAAGAUCAAGUCAUCAGGCGUGCACCCAUAGCAAAAGACCGAACCUUUAGCCCUGGACAGCCGGUUUUGGCUCGUAAUUAUACUUCUGGAGCUAAAUGGGUCCCUGCCACUGUCAUUACUCAAAUGGGACCUGUUUCCUACACAAUCCAGACUGCAGAGGAUCUCACUUGGCAGCGACAUGUAGAUCAGCUGCUGCCAGGUCAUACCAGUCCUCAGGACACAUCUUCAGUUGAGUUGCCUGACUUCACCACUUCCAGCAAGACACCGAAUCAAGUCACCUGUUCCUGACUUUUCCCCUCCAUU